UUGGCCAGAGUGUAAAUCAGAUGACCUGCGCUGCAGUUGACAGUUCUUUACUUUGGACUUGCCUAUUUCACGUCGCUAAUUUAGCUUCUUUCCUUCUUUAUCUUAUUUGCUCUAGAAGAUUGGGAUUAUUCCGAUAAUUUGGCCAGUUACACUCCUCUAGCCACUAUGGACGGUGGAUACUCACUUUAUCAAAACAGCAGCGGCGGCAGAGGCGAACGAGACUUUCAUCAGUUGGCCCACUCGAUAGGAAGCAGCAUCCAGAAAAUCUCGAAAAAUGUCACUUCUAUGCAGCGAAUGGUUCACCAACUGGGCACACCUCAGGAGAGUUCUGACUUGAAGUCUCAACUGCGACAACUCCAACACUACACCCAGCAGCUGGUGAAAGAUACGAACGACAACAUCAAGGAACUCUCCAAAAUCAACACAUCUGUUCCUUCAGAAAAGCAGCAAUGGAAAAUGCAAAAAGAGCGACUCACAGAGGAGUUUACCACGGCGCUGACGUCCUUCCAAGAGGUCCAGAGGCUAGAGGCCCAAAAAGAAAAGGAGGACAUCAAAAGAGCUAAGCAGGCUUCUGGCAGGGUGGCCUUGUCCAUGGAUGGAUUUGGAGGAGCGAGUACGAGACAGUCCGAGCAGCUGAUAGAGCUGAAAGAUCAGCAGGAAAUGAAGCAGGCCCAGCUGCAAGAAGAGCAAGAGCUGAGAGAACUGGAAGAGCGGGAGCAGGCGAUCAGACAAUUGGAGAGUGACAUUGGCGAUGUAAACCAGAUUUUCAAAGAUCUGGGACAAAUGGUGUAUGAGCAGGGGGAGGUGAUCGACAGCAUAGAAGCCCAUGUUGAGAAAACAGAAAUAUUUGUGUCUGAAGGUACGGGCCAGUUGAGACAGGCCAGUAACUAUCAGUCCAAGGCGCGAAUGAAGAAGUUCAUAUUCUUCACCUGUUUGGGUCUUGUUUUGGCUGUGAUUCUUGCGUACAUCAUUUAUGAACUAUCAAAUUAAUAUUUAAACUGGAAAUGAUUGAUGAGUAACCAUGCAAAGUAUUUAACUGAAAUCUACUGACUAGUUAAUUUAUGAUUCUAAUACUCAUUAAUUUUGUCAUUCCAAGUGUUAGAAAAUUAUAUUAAUUCAAAUCCUAUUUUGCCAUUAGUCACUGUGACAAUAUAAAUCUAUACCAUCUUAUGUAGGAUAAGUUUUAUGUUUGUCAACUUAAAAUAUCACUAUAAUUUAUGAGACUCCUGUGAAUUACUGAUCAUAAUUUGGCCCAAAAACCUGAGUCAUUUAAAAUAUAAUCUUAUUAUGCUCUGGGCCAUGAAAUUGUCAAGUUUUAAAAUUGAGUAUGUGGUAAGCUGGUUUCAGAGUCAUUGUUUAAUAAAUUUAUUUAAUAAAGCACUACUUCUUUCUAAGCAAAA